GUAUAGAAAUAUAUCUACAGAGCAAACAAAUGAUGUCAGUUGCAGAGCGCCAUGUUUCCCACAGUGACAGAGUGAAUCUGUAUCAGAGGUAUCCUCAGGACGGGAGGGGGUGGAUGGGUUCAUCGGGUUCAUGUAGUAGAUUGCACGCCUCCUCCCUUUCCAGGUCGGCUGCUUCCCUGGCUCCCUCACUGAAUGAGCUUGCUGCAAUUCAUAGAUGAUGCAAAAUGCAAUGGUUGGUUGCAGUGGCUAAAUAAUCGAACUUGACCUUAAUUUCGGGACACUGCAACGUGAUCAGCUGAUGCCUCCAAACUAGCAGCCAUCUUCAGGUCAUUCGAGGCAUCUGGGAAACUUGUUUCCAAGCUACACGCCAGAUGUUGCGAUAAAGGCGUUCUGGAAUGGGGGAAUCGUGUUGUCCACCUGAGCUGUAUAGAAGCGGAAUCUAAAUCAUGUUGGCCGAUGGAUGUUGCAGAGGAAUGGAGCGAGUCAGGGGUAAGAGUGCGUCAGACUCUUUGCCGAGAGCCACCUAUCCUCAGCAAUAUGUGCAGAUCGGCCCCCAGCAGCAGGGCAGCGACAUUCAGGAGCUCGCCUCCAAACGCGUCGAUAUCCAGAAGAAACGCUUCUACUUGGACGUGAAGCAGAGCGUGCGCGGACGCUUCCUGAAAAUCGCCGAGGUGUGGAUCGGCAGAGGCCGCCACGAUAACAUCCGGAAAAGCAAACUGACUCUGUCCAUGUCGAUGGCGCCCGCGCUCCGUUACUGCCUGGGGGACUUUAUUGACUAUUACGCCCGGAUCGGACUGCGUGUGGGCCUUGCGCCCCAACCGCCACCACUGCUCGACGAGCACGGUGGCAACGAGCAGGGCCGCGCGCUCGAACCCCGCAGAAGGGUUCAGGAGCCCGCGUCGUCACCCACCGGCUCCGCGGCGUCAGAGGACCACGCGCACCGCGUACUCAAGAGCGAAUUCAUCGAGAGGGACAACAGAAAGUACUUUCUGGACCUGAAGGAGAACCAGAGAGGGAGGUUCCUACGCAUACGACAGACUGUCAGCAAAGGGCACGGCACGAUGGGCUACUACGGCCAGGGGAUCGAACAGACUAUCGUGCUACCCGCACAGGGUCUCAUCGAGUUCAGGGACGCGCUCUCGCAGCUCAUCGAGGACUACGGCGACGACGAGUGCGACGAGCGCGGCCGAGCCGCGACCAGGAAUCACGAGGACAGCAUCCCCGAGCUUCCAGAGGCCGUGUCCUUUCGCGUGGACAACAAGAGGUUUUAUUUUGACGUCGGUUCCAACCGCUACGGCGUCUUUUUAAAAAUCAGUGAAGUGCGGCAGCCGUAUAGAAAUACCAUCACCGUCCCUUUAAAAGCCUGGGCGAAAUUCGGGGAGAAUUUCAUCAAGUACGAGGAGGAGAUGAGGCGAAUUUUUAAUUGUCACAAAGAGAAGAGCACAGACCCUCGGCAGGACAGCGAGGAGCAGGAGGACUGACCGACCUUGGCAGUAGGACCGAAUCUCAUAAUUGUCCAGUUGUGUAAUGUAUUGUCAUGCAAUUUUAGCGCUUAUAAUAUCAGAAAUAUCACGCUAUUAAAUCAAAAACAACAAACCCGCCCCAAAACCCUCUAAAAUCCUCCCCACCCUCGCCAUCUAAAUUUAACAGCUUACUACUCUGUAAAUAAUAAAACAUAUUGCAGUAAGAAACUAUAAAAUGGGGGAACAGUGGCAAUGUGCAAGAGAUAUUCCUGUAUUUGUCGAUCACGCAUGCGCACGCAUGCGCACGCACACGCACGCACGCACACACACACACACACACA